AUGUCGCGGUCAUUGGCUUCCCUAGUCAACAGACAGUCAAUAUGUUCGAGCUGUCUUCGAAAUUUCCGAACGACCCGGCCAACCGCCGUUCUGCUACGGCGCAACAAUUCUAGCACGUCUCCGUCGUCGAGUGACGAUAUCAGCGAUAUGUUCAGCGAGAUGGAAUUCCCUAGUCCGAGAAAGAUCAAGCCUAUAAUUGAGAGAUACAAAACAGUUUACCGGCAGGCACAGAACGGUGCAAUACUUUCACAAAUCGAGCAGCGUGCAGAAGACGAAGAAAUAUUGCCCGAAGAAAUGGGAGCCGGACCAUAUAUGCCUAUAUCAGAACAGUUACGGGUACAAAUGAGAAGAGUACUAUAUCCUCUUACCCUUGUAACGGCAUACUCGAACCCGGACGAUCCGAAAACAUGGAACGGGAUGACUAUUUCUUCCUUUAAUACUGUGUCGAUGGACCCGGUACCCUUAAUCUCCUUUAAUGUCAAAUUCCCUUCGACAACCGGCCAAAUGAUCCUCGACAGGGAGCUAUUUGUCGUCAACGUUCUAUGUCAACAUAUCAAUUCCGCGAAAUUAUGUGCACUAUUUAAUUCACGUCCGCCGGUAAAAGCUUCUGAACUUGAUGCGGGUGCCGAAUUGCCUCGUCGCGAUGGAUCCGACGGAUUAAGGGCUGUUCAUGAGAACCCGACUGCGUACGUCCAAAGGCAGAUGGCGCAUCAAAAAAUGGAACCGAAAUUCAGGCCGCUUUCUGGGCCAUUUAAAGAUAUGCCGGUUUACAGGACUGGUUAUGGUAUUCGAUUAAUACCUAAUGUGCUGUUGACAUCGCUGGGAUGCCAGCUUAGAAAGGUUGUCUCCGCUGGCGAUCAUAGAAUAAUUAUUGCAGAAGUCAUGGAUGUAUACGGUGCUGUUGGUGAUAGACCUGCAGAGCGGAGGAGGUUCCAUUUGCAAGGUGAGAGAUUAGAGAGGGAAAUGGCACAGACAUACCGUAAUGGUAAAUAUGUCAGACAUCGGACGGAGAAUGUUUUCGAUGUAAGCAUGGUUGAAGCCGGCCAGAGGGUGCUGCUGGACGAUGCAUCCAUUGACUUCAAAUUUAUGAAGAGACGGAAGUCUGAUCUUAUUAGUGAAAUUGAGUAA